UAAAUGAAUGAAAGCUCCCGAUCUGGAGUCCCAAGAGCAAACUAUUCAGCAGUCCGAAGAACCAUGUCAUCACCUCAUUCUCAAACUUCCGGUAAGUCAACAUUGAACGUCACUCGCAAUAGCCAAACACAGCCAGAAGAUAUGUCAGGACCUAGCAGUAGUUCUAACCAGUACACAGUUACCUCUCAAUCUAGAGCAAUUCGGCCUGAGAUGUCAAGUGCGGUGUUAAGUUUAAAUGCUGCAGAGUCAUUUGUGCAAUCGAAAGAUGACGGGUGUCAUUGGUUCCUUGUAAGUGGCGCUCAAGAAUACACCUCCGCUCAGCUAGUGUCCAGGAGAAGUAAACAUACCAUGGUGAAAUACAAAAAUGCUCUUUAUGUGUUCGGUGGGGAUGACGGACGAAGGAUGUUGAACGAUCUGGUAAAGUAUGACAUCGAAGCUGAUCAAUGGCUUCCAUUGCGUGUGCAGGGCGCGAACCCGUCCCCGAGAUAUCACCAUUCGGCAGUGGUCUACAAGCACAGCAUGUUUGUGUUCGGAGGCUAUUCGGGUGGUGCGGGAAACUCUACUACGAACACAGGAGGUGGUCCGUCCAGUUUUGAUCUGCAGCAGAACUCGACGAAUCUCCACAAUCGGAAUGAUUUACACGAGUAUAGGUUUAUUGACCAAUCCUGGCACGCGUGGAUUUUCGAAGGUGGUGCUCCUACCCCUCGGUCGGCACAUUGCUCUUUCGUCUACAAGAAGAAACUGUGGAUAUUUGGAGGUUAUGGAAGCAAUCGCAUGCCACAUGACCAGAGACGUCUGCAGAACUUGAAUGACAUGUGGAAUGUAUCUUUGGAGACGACAGGGUACCCUAAGAAGUGGCAGUGUGUGGAGCAGAGUGGCAUCAUCCCCCCUCCCUGCUGCAACUUCUCAGUCACCCUAGUCGACAACAGACUCUUCCUCUUCUCGGGAGUGUCGGGCAAGGAGAUGACAAACCAUAUUUUCACCUUCAAUCUCGAUACAUACAGCUGGACUAGGAUAUCGCCCGAACAUAUACUGCAUGGAUCUGCGGCACCACCCCAGAAAAGGUACGGACAUACGAUGGUCGAGUACCAUGGACGUCUGUACGUGUUUGGCGGAUCAGUAGCCUCGGCACACGACAACCUGGCAUCUGACCUCCUCUGCUUUGACCUCGACCACAAAUCGUGGGAAAAGGUCAUCCCACGCUCAACGUCCCAGCCAAUCACAGGCCGCUUGUUCCACACAGCUGUUGUGUACCAGGAUAAAAUGUACAUUUUUGGAGGAACCGUGGAUUUUGAUAAACGGUCGAACGAACUCUUUGCGUUCAAGUUCCCAACAUUCCCGAAAUGUACUCUAACUGAAGAUCUGCUGAGACUUCUGACUGAUACACGAUUACUGAGGUUGGCAGAUGUUUGUUUUACUUUCCCGGAUGGUGCCAAGCUUCAAGCACAUGCUGUCAUUGUAGCGGCUAGAUGUGCUCCUCUGAAAGAGAAAAUAAUCGAAGCUCGAAAGGAUUGGAAAAGCAGAAUAGACCGAGGAGAUAGUGAUUGUCCUUCGCUGCCUGAAGUGCACAUCACAGAGACGAAUAAGAAUGCGUUCCAUCUGGUGCUGCAAUAUUUAUACACAGAUCGAAUCAGACCAGAUUUCACUUCAGCUUCGUCCAGAGAUGAGUUGUUGCUGCAGAUUAUCAAGGUGUGUAAGCUAGCCGCAGUGUACAGUCUAGUUCGUCUCGAGUGUCUCUGCCUUCGAUUUCUGGAAGAGACAAUCUGCAUGGAGAACAUUCUGACAGUGCUGCAUGAGGCUUACAGCAUGAACCUCACCACCCUCAGAGAGUACUGUGUGAAGAAAGUGGUGAGAGAGGACAACUUCACAGCUCUCAUUCAGAAGGAGACCUUUGCAGCCCUGGACUCUCAGAUUAUUGUGGAUCUGAUAAGGCGACACAAGCAGGUGCAAUGCGUGGCACCAUCUUCUCCUCAAAUUAGUUGGGCAUCCAUUGGUGGUACCGCGAAUACCUCAGAAAAUAACAACGCGGCUCACUCUCCUAACUCGACGGCACCAACCGCAUCCAGCUCAAACAACCAAAGUUUGAACAUGCACGAGAACUUGGAAGACGGGACUCUCGCUGUAGAUUUGUUUAACCUUCUCUUAAGCGGUAGCUACAAUGGCAGGAAUCAAUCAGACGUGUCUGGUCGUCCAGAGGCACAGUCGGAAAUUGCGAGGAAUUUGGAGUCCCUCAAUGAGUUUGCGGAUGUUCAAUUGGCAUUUGGAGAUGACUUGGUGAUUUCAGCUCACAGGGCGGUGCUGGCAGCUCGCAGUCAAUAUUUUCUAAGCCUGUUUGAUUUCAACUCAGCAUCAUCUAAUCUGAACAGACCUGACUUAAGCGUAGCUGAUAGUUCGUCACCUGUAAGUGAAAUCGCAAUCACUCCACUGGACUUGUCAUGUCCCAUCCGAGUGACCAUAGAUGACAUAGUGCCCACUAGGCAGGCACUGCAUACAUUCCUCAGAUAUGUGUACUCUGGACAUACUCUCAUGCCUCCCGAGGACUCCCUGUUCCUGUUGAGGACUCCCUCUUAUUAUGGCCUGACCAACGACAGACUCGCCCAUAUUUGUCAGAGGAAUCUAGAAACCAACAUUACGACGGCUACAGUAAUUAAAGUGUAUAUAACAGUGGAUUCAAUUCCACAGUUCAGCGAAUUCAAAGACAGAUGUCUCAAUUUCAUAGUCGAUCAUUUCAUAGAACUGGGCCAAUCAGAAGACAAGGAACUGCUCAGCCAAUCACAGCUCUGCGAAAUAUGGGAAAUGAUGUCUCUGUCUUCCCACCACGUUUACAACCCUUACCCGUAACUGAACUCCAAAAAUAUGAAAUUGUCUGGCUGAUGAAAUUGUUAUCGGAAAUCACAUCGGUUCGAGAAAUGCGUAUUUAUAGUCAUCUCACAGUUCAGCUUGAAUGAAAUUUUAAGCCUUUUUAUGACAGUUCCUGAAACGAAAUUCGAAAGGCACUAAUUGGAGACUUUUCAAACACUCAAACUUCGAAGCAGUGUGCUGAGCACAUUGUCUAUCUGUAGAAUAUUUAUUGAAAACUUUUUAGUUUUUCUCUCAAUGUAUAUUUAGAUUAAUUUAAUGUAAAUUAGAACUAGAAGUACUUAUAGUAAAUUAAACAUUUGAAAUGUUAAUAUACGAAUUUGGUUCGAA